CGUAUCUUUAACGUAAGAUUUCAAGCUGGUGAACUAUAUCAUCAAUAUCUACAUUUAUUAAUUAAAUUUAAUCAUCACCCACCUCAAAUAAAAUAAUAUAUGUAAUUAAAAUUAAGAUCCUCUCUAUUUUAUCCGUAGGAUCUCCAUGAUCAACGGCCAUAUUUGCUUCUCAUAAACCAGUUGGUCGGUAGUUUGGUAGGUGGGACAUGUGCUUCGGAAGAAGCACAGGACUUCCGGCUAAUUUUCUUUUCAACCCAAUUUUUUUAGUUAAAUAAAACCAAACAAUAUUUAAGAAGGAAAUAAAAAAAAGAUUUAUAAAAACCCGUAAUGUUUCGAUUUUAAUUAAAUUUCUUGCUGCUAUAAAUAAGUUUCCGCCAUUGUUAUCUCCAUUACUACAAAAUUUACAUUUAUUUCUUCUUUCACUAUCCCUCUUCUUCCAGUUUAUUUAAGGUUUAAAGUAAAAGCAGAAAGAGAAAAUGGCAAGGAAGAAGAUCAGAGAGUAUGAUUCAAAGAGGUUAUUGAAGGAGCAUUUUAAGAGAAUUUCUGGUUCUGAACUUCCCAUUAGAUCAGCUCAAAUUACAGAGUUGACCGACCUCAAUGAACUUAUUGCAAAUGAGCCAUGGCUCUCAUCUGAAAAGUUGGUUGUGAAACCCGACAUGUUAUUUGGGAAGCGUGGCAAGAGUGGUUUAGUUGCCCUGAAUUUGGACUUUGCCCAGGUGUCUGCUUUUGUAAAAGAGCGCCUUGGCAAAGAGGUCGAGAUGGGCGGAUGUAAAGGACCGAUUACGACUUUCAUUGUUGAGCCUUUUGUUCCACAUAACGAAGAGUUCUAUCUGAAUAUUGUUUCAGAAAGACUGGGAAACAGUGUAAGCUUUUCAGAGUGUGGUGGAAUUGAUAUUGAAGAAAACUGGGAUAAGGUGAAAACAAUAAAUAUCCCCACAGGCGUUUCUUUUACUUCUGAAGUCUGUGCUCCUUUAGUUGCUACUUUACCUUUGGAGGUCAAAGGUGUGAUUGAGGAAUUCAUCAAAAAUAUAUUUGCGUUGUUCUUAGAUUUGGACUUCACCUUCCUAGAAAUGAAUCCCUUCACAUUAGUCAAUGGAAAACCGUAUCCUUUGGACAUGAGAGGUGAACUAGAUGAUACGGCUGCCUUCAAGAAUUUCAAGAAGUGGGGUAAUAUUGAGUUCCCCUUACCAUUUGGAAGAGUUAUGAGUCCAACAGAGAGCUAUAUUCAUGCUCUUGAUGAAAAGACUAGUGCCUCCUUAAAGUUCACGGUUUUGAAUCCAAAGGGAAGGAUUUGGACCAUGGUGGCUGGUGGAGGAGCCAGUGUAAUCUAUGCAGAUACUGUUGGGGAUCUGGGUUAUGCGUCUGAGCUAGGGAACUACGCCGAAUAUAGUGGAGCUCCCAACGAAGAAGAGGUCUUGCAAUAUGCCAGAGUUGUGAUUGAUUGUGCAACGGCCAACCCUGAUGGGGGCAAGAGGGCCCUUGUAAUUGGAGGAGGUAUUGCUAAUUUUACAGAUGUUGCUGCUACAUUCAACGGGAUAAUUAGAGCUUUGAAGGAGAAGGAAUCAAAGCUUAAAGCGGCUAGGAUGCACAUUUAUGUGAGGAGAGGAGGUCCAAACUACCAAAAGGGUUUAGCUAAAAUGCGGAUGCUCGGUGAGGAGAUUGGUAUUCCUAUUGAGGUAUAUGGCCCUGAGGCUACCAUGACUGGAAUCUGCAAACAGGCCAUUGAUUGUGUUGACGUAGCUGCUUAAGUGAGCAUGUAACUCAAUACAUUCCCACGCUCUAUCUCCAUAAAGACGAUUCAAAUUUGAUUCUCCCUAAUUUAGAUUUAGCACGCAUUUGUUGAUGUAUUUGUAGAAUUGUUUUGUAUUCGUUUGUGACCCCAUUUCAUCUACUCGUUUACACAACACUUAAAGCCUUCAAAAUUAGAUAUUAGCAAUGUAAACGAUAUGUAAUAAGUUCCUUGAAGGAAUGAAUGAUGAUAUAAUUGAUUGUGUACUGUACAUGUCAAACCCUACUCUACUCCCCCACGACGAGCAAUAUUAAAAACUAGCACUACUUGAAAAUAGCGAAUGCACUCUCCGUCUUUAUGAAAUUGCUCACAUUUUGUUUAGAUGAUCUUGUAUGGAUUUAGAGCACGCUAAAAUAAUAUACAAUACAGGUGUUCAAUAGGGCGAGUUGAGUCGGGCUGGACCGAAUCGGGAUAAUUUUUUAAUGGGUGGGGUAGUAACAUAAAAUUCCUUGUGUACUAUUGACUCAAAAAAAAACUUACAUAUAUAAGUCAAAUGAUGUUUUCAAAAGGAUGAAUAGAGUAUUCUUUAAUCAUUAAUUGUUGAUAU